CUUCCCCUUCCCACAAGCACUCCCCGCCUCCCCGCCUGCGUUCUCCGCGAUCCCACCAGCAAAGAUGAAGUUCGCUGCCCUCUUCACCGCCGCUGCCCUCGUUGCCAGUGCCUCUGGCAUCACCGUCAACACCCCGGGGAACGUCAUUGAGUGUGAGCCGACGGCCAUCACCUGGACGGGUGGAACUGCUCCCUUCUUCCUGAGCUUCAACCUCCAGACGAACCCCAACGGCGACGCGCAGCAGACCUACGCUAACCUGCAGAGUUCUCCUUUCACCUGGUCGACAAACAUCACCGAGGGCACAACCCUUGUUCUCACUCUCAAGGACAGCACAGGUGCAACCGGCCAGUCUGGCGGCUUCACCAUCGGGUCAGGUUCCACCAGCUGCCUGACCUCCUCCGGCUCCAGCUCCGCCGCCGGUGGCUCUUCUAGCUCUGCAGGUGCCUCAUCUUCCGCUACCGCCGCUAGUUCGUCUGCCUCAGCUGCUUCUUCGUCAGCCGGUUCGUCAGCCUCCUCCGGUGCCAGCUCCACUGCUGCCGCGAGCUCUGGUGCUUCCUCUGCGACUCACGCGUCCGGCACUUCCUCGGGUGCGGCCUCCGCGACCUCGGCGGCCUCUGGCGCUCUCUCAAACGCUGUCAACGUCGUCCUCGCUGGUGUCUUCGGCGCUGGUGCCGUCGCCUUCCUCGCGUAAGCGAAGGAGGUGCGGCAAAAGGGGCUCGCUCUGACCCGAACUCUGGUUUCCUCGCAAAUUUCUUUUGUCUUGUGUUGCGUCUGCCUAUCUUCGUGAUACCUCUCGCUGCCAGCUUUAUACAGUAUUCGCCCCUUUUACACACACUGUCUGUAAUACUCGCCGAGGACUGGAACUCUUGCCUUUGUAGUUGUCUGACCUUGCCCCUCAUACAUACAAUGGUCUGAUCCCUGCCGUCUUCUCUCCAUAUCCGCCCUUUUCCUGGCUCACUUGCGAUAGGCCUCUGAGCAUAGCUUUCGGGUUCGAGAGGUUUCGUUUGUACAGUACAAACCAGAACCGUUUUACGAUCCGAAUGACAUCGCUCAAUGACUUUCGCGUAUGAA